GCUUUCAUCCCAGCGCGAGUGACAACCGCGCAUGCGCAACCCAGCCUCACAGCUGUAGAGCGCCCGACAGAAGUUCCCAAACUCCAGAGAGACGCGCUGCUGUGUGUGUGUUUGUGUGUGUGUGUGUCUCAGAAUGGGCUGCUCAUCGUCCAGCACACAGAAUCUACAGGAGAACCGACCAGGAGUCAAGGCAGAGGAGAACGGAGAAACACUGAUUCCUCAUAAUGGGGCGGCAGAGGAGACGAUCUCGGCUCAGAUGCAGCUGCCGGUUCAGGGGCCGCUGUUGGAGGACAGAGACCCGGGGUCACAGGAGAACCAGGCCGAAGCCCCAGGAGCAGAGCAACUGGCAGACGGAUGUAGUGAAGCUCUUCUAGAUGCAGCAGAUGCUCUCGAAGUCUCCAGUCCUGAAGCCCCUGCUGUGGAUGAUGCCGCUCCAGAACUCUCUGAUCCUGCAGGAACCACAGAACCGGCAGCAGAACCCACUCCAGCAGAGUUCCCUCCAGAGCUCCAGCCGGCUGUGGAACCAGCACCCUCAGAGGCCUCCGAGCCCACACUCGAGGACCCAACCACCAUUCUAGAACUCGCAUUGCCUUCUGAGUCCACUACAGUUCUAGAACCUGUUGUAGAAUCUGCCCUAAAAGAAGAGUCAGCUCCGCCUGCUGCUCCAGAACCCGCUCAGUUGGAAUGGAGUUCUCCUCCAGAACUCAUUUCUUCUGAAACUAUCCCGAGUGCAGAACCAGCUCCAACUGCCUCUCCAGAACCCACCCUGGUGGAACCAUGCCCAGUGCUAGAACCAACAAUUGAGGAACCAAACCCAGCUCUAGAAUCCACACCUGUAGAACCAGUUCCUGAUGAACCAAGGUCAACUCAAGAACUCACACCUACAGAACUGAGUCCUACAGAACUGAGUCCAGCUCAAGAACCAACACCUGUUGAACUGAUUCCAGCUCUAGAGGCUGUACCCGAUGACCAGAGUUCAGCUCUAGAACCCACACCCAGUGAACCGAUUCCAGAUCUAGAACUCACACCUCCAGAACCAAGUACAGCGCUAGAAUCAGUUACCAAUGAACUGAGUCUAGCUCUAGAACCCACACCUGCAGAACCAAGUCCAGUUCUAGACCCCACACCUGAUGAACCAAGUCCAGCUCUAAAAUCCACACCUGCAGAACCAAGUCCAAUUCUAGAACCCACACCUGAUGAACCAAGUCCUGCUCUAAAAUCCACACCUGGGGAACCAAGUCCAAUUCUAGAACUCACACCCGAUGAACCGGGUCCGGCUAUAGAACCCACACCCGGGGAACCAAGCCCACCCUCAGUGAUGGAAGCAGCUGCGAUUGCAGGAGCGAUCUGUGCAGAGACACAGGCCAACAAGGGCGUCGCCCCACUGGAGCCCACAGACUGAAAUCAGAUCAGCGAUGAAGACACCAGUGCCUUUUCCUUCAGGAGUGUGUGUGUGUGUGUGUUCGGCUUCACACACUCGUCUGUACAUAAAUGAGUGUAUCUUUGUAGCUUUAGCAUUGUAGAGGAGCUGUGCGGACGCAGGGCAUGAUGGGAAGGUGGUGGGAGGAACGUCUGUGGAUCAACACAAUAAUCCUGAACUCUGAUGAUAACACUGAAGGAGCUAACAAACGUGUGUAUCAGCGUCUUCCUCUGUACAUUAAUCAGUGCUGCAGAACGCAGACACUGCAGUGUGUGUGUGUGUGUGUGUGUGUGUGUGUGUGUGUGUGAUCGUCAUGUAACGCUGUAAUCUU